UUAUUUCUACCCUUUUCAUUAUUAUUGAUAUUUUUAUCUUAGUAAUAACUGUUGUUUAUAUCUAAUGUAUAGUAUAUAAUUAAGACCCUAGAGGACCUAAGACCCCUAAUGUAUAUAGUAUAUAAUUAAGACCCCUAGAGGACCUAAGACCCCUGAUGUACAUACUAUAUAAUUAAGACCCUAGAGGACCUAAGACCCCUAAUGGUAUCAGGAAUCCCUAAACUGAAGUUACCUCCAACAGAACCAAUGUUUGUAGAUACAGUCUCAUUUAAACAGGGUGUUCCACCGGUGUUAGUUUCUGCAACCUUUACUAACGUUGUUGUUACAGGUUUAUCAACAUUUAUCACCAACUAUAUUGACGCAGACCCUAAUUCCCAAACUUUAAGAAUUGGAUUGACUGUACCGCAAAUGAAUAUAGAAGGUUUCUACAGUAUAAAUGGAGAGGUGUUUAUUCUUCCAUUAGAGGGUAGUGGAACCUUCACAACUAAAAUGUUGGAUGUUACUUCUGAUGGCUUCUCAAGUAUAACUCCUGUAAUUGAUGGAAAUGGAAAAAAGAUCCUCCAAGUCGGAAACACGAACCUGGACUUCAACAUCGGAAAGGUGAUAAUCCACAUGGAAAACUUGUUCAACGGGGAGAACAAACUACUUGCGGAUACUGUCAACAAGUUUUUAAACGACCACGGACAGGAAGUGCUAGCAGAAGUUAAACCGGAAAUAUCUAGACAACUCUCAGAUCUUGUCACUAGAGUUAUGAACGACGCAUUCUCUGAUCUUCCUGCAGACAAGAUUCUUGAUAACCUCAGACCAACUUCUACUGGAGGCAGAUUCAUCGAGAAUGAACCACGUGUUGUCAAGUUACUUCCACUUCAAAGGCCAAAGACUAGUAUUCUGAGUUUACUAACUGGAUAAAAAUGAAGAAGAUAGUUUUGAACCAAGUUAAAGUCGUGAACUUAAUUAUUAUGUAGUCAACUUAAAGAGACUGUACACGUAAUAUCAAGUAACACUCCAUUUUACGAAGGGCUUGUCGGAUUCACAAAAUUUAAAUUUUAAUUUAAAAUUUAAAAUCUUAUCUGAUUAUUAGUGUUAAAGAUAUCUUCGUUUUCCAAGCUUUAAGAAUGUUUAGUUCUAACAAUCUUCUCCAUUGUUUUUGUAACAAGAUCACAAUAUAAAACAAUAUAAAAGAUCACUAAAAUAAAGAAACCACCUUUGUGAAAUAUCAAAUUUCAAAAUUUGGAUAUCUCAGUCAUUCUUGAUCAUUAGAAUCAUUUAAGGUUGCCGGUUAAAAUGGACAUAUUUGCCACUUUCUACAAAAGGGUCAUUUGAAAUUGAACAUAUAUGGCACUUUUUGAAUGAAGGGUCACUUGAAAUUGAACAUAUAUGGCACUUUCUGAAUAAAGGGUCACUUGAAAUUGAACAUAUAUGGCACUUUCUGAAUAAAAAGUCACUUGAUAGAACAUUCACAGUCCCUUUAUAAUCUUGUCAAGCUGUUUGAUGCAAUUUUAUAAUCCGAGUUUCCGAUCGUAAAAACUUUAAAAACUGUAAAAACCGUAAAAAGCUUAGUUUUACAAGAUUUUCGGCCAUUUUGGUGAUUGAGCCAAACAGAUGAUAUUUCUUGAUAAAUAGAUGAUAUUUACCUAUACCUAUAUUUGCCUAUACAACUGUGGAAUUGGUUUGCAAAUCAACUUAUUAAUUGUAGUGGGUCUGUGUACAUUGCACAGUUUCUGUGUUUCUUGUUCAAAUCAUAACUUGAGUCUAAAGGUCGUCUUCCUUUUCCACAGUUGUCUUGGUACCACUGUAGUAAUUUUGUGUAGCUUAGUUAAUCUAUUAGUCAACCAGUCUUAUAAUAUUUUAUAGUAUUUAAAAAAACUCUUAAAUGUAUUGCUUAACAAUUACGAAUGGAAACACAUAAUAUGAUCUAGUCAAUUGUCAUUGUAUAUUUUGAAAAUAUAAGAACCUUUAAUAAACCCCUUUAGAUGUG